CUGAAACGCCAAGCAUCCGUAAUUGAUUUCGUGUUCGAACGUUUUGAAAGUUUCGGGUCCUCGAGUUACGUACUUGUCAGCUGAUAGUGCGGAAAUCGCCCAGCGCAUCAUGGCACCAUUGUUAGAAAAAAUCAUGUUAUCGGACCUUACUGAAAUACCGUUCAUAAAAAUUGACGAUUUUAAGCUCGAGUUCGAGCUCAAACAUCCUAAUCCAGAAUUACAGGAAGUAGCAAGGAAGGAAUUAAGAGAGUCUCCUGAGAUACAAAAACAAUCGAUUGCACGCCUGCAAGAAUUAUUAAAAGCUGAAAAAGAUUUGAAAUGCCCAUUGGACAAUGAAGCCUGGUUGAUUAGAUUUCUGAGGCCAUGCAAGUAUUAUCCCGAAUCAUCUUUGAACCUCAUCCAACACUAUUACAACUUUAAGGUGAAACAUGCGAAAGUGUACGACAACUUAAAGCCGAGUAGAGAGAAAAAUAUCUUCGACCAAAACAUUCUAACCGUGCUGCCUAAUCGCGAUCAACUCGGCCGACGUAUACUGAUAAUUGAACUUGGCAAGAAAUGGAAGCACAACAAGUGCAGUCUCGACGAAGUUUAUAAAGGAUGUGUAUUGUAUUUGGAAGCGGCCAUGAUGGAGCCGAGUACACAGAUCGCUGGCGCGAUUGUCAUUUUUGACAUGGAUGGUCUCACCCUUCAGCAAACCUGGCAAUUUACCCCGCCGUUUGCGAAAAGGAUAGUCGAUUUGCUUCAGGAGGCAAUGCCUGUAAGGGUAAAAAACAUACACAUUGUAAAUCAACCGUAUAUAUUCAACAUGGUGUUCGCUCUGUUCAAACCGUUCCUGAAAGAGAAGUUGAAAAACAGAAUAAUCUUUCACGGCACCGAUCGCAAAUCAUUGCAUCAAUACAUAUCGCCGAAAUGUCUACCAGCACAAUACGAUGGUACGCUGGAAAUGAAAGUGAUAAAUGGAUCCGAAUGGUACUCCUUGCUAUUACAGGUUGAUAAAGAAUAUGAAGCUAUCAAUUCGUACGGCUAUAAAAAGACAUAGUUUCUCAAUUGCUUUGUCGCAUUAAAAAAUAGAUGUAGAUUAAAUAUGGAUUUGGAUUAAAUACGAAGAAACAAUUAUAAAACGCGACAUUUCCGAGGAAAAAUAUUAUAUUUAAAAUAAAUUAUAACGAUUAUAGAUCAUUCUUAUAUGUAUAUUCAGUCCUCGAAAUGUUAUUUUCACGAAGCCUUGUUCACUUUGUAAAUUUAUUUAUAACAUAUAUUAUAUAUUAUUGUACAGUCUUUUAAUUCUCAUUUCUUGUUUCAACAAUUUAGCAAAAUUGCAUAAGAUAAAUGUAACAUUGUCGAAGGAGUGAUGCAAUUAUUCAUAACGUAAUGAUUACAUUAUUACUUAUUUUUUAAUUUUGAUACGGAAAAAAUUGAGAUUGAUUACAUAUCAAUGAUCUUAUUUAAGGGGUAUAGGUCAAUGAUCUUGUUUAAGAUCAGUAAUUUUAAUUUUAAUCUUAAUCACUCUGUA